CGCAUGCGGUCGCGAUGUUGAACUAAUUCGACACAGCACAAUGAUGCUGGACAUGAGUCGUGUGACUGUCGUGGCAGACAUUUUAUUCAGUAAAAAACAUUCAUCAGAAGCAGGAAUCCACUGCUGCUGCUCCAGAGUCUUUGUGCAGGACAGAGAACUGUAUCGUUCGGACAAAAGACUCUUUUCAUUUGACCAACCGGAAACUGCUUUUCAAGAAGGCCACCACCAAGAAGAUGAAGAAGAAGAAGAAGAUGAAGAAGAAGAAGAAUUAGAUGAAGAGGCUCAGCUGAUGUCUAGCAUGGGUCUUCCUCUUGCCUUUGCCAGCUCUUCCAGACGACACAAAGAGGAGAAAGGCUGCAAGAAAAAGUCAGCUCCAUACCCGACUAAGCCUCUCCAAGACCAGCAGGAAGACACCACCAACCAAGACGACAGGAACGGUUUGGAGGAAGAACUGGAGACGGAGAGCCUGGGGGACCAUUUGGAGACCAUGUGUGACCACCAUGAAGGCUGGCAGGCCUACUGGGCCCAACAGGGUGAAGGUCUGCUGUGGAGCAGCUGGCAGGACAAGCAUGGGUCUUUAGAAGGUUCCCAGGUGGCUCCUUGGGACCAUCCCAGCACCAAGACCACCUGGGACCAGCACGCCACAGACACCUACUACCUGUACUGGGAGCAGUACUCCUACUGGGCAGCACAGGGAUGGACCUGUGAGGCAGCGUCAGAGGAAGACUUCAACCUUCUUCUAGAACACAACUGCUCCUUACGCUCACCUGACUCUCAAACAACAUGGCCUCAAGUUGCUACCCACGGCCUUCCAGACCAGCCCUGUGAUGCAGGAGACUGUGGCAAGAAGUCUGAUGUUUCCUCUCAGCAGGAAGCUACCCAGCCUACAGACUCCCGACUAGCUGCUGGCAGCACCAGCCAAACAGUGACUUCCGGAAUGUUCAAUGGUGACCAUGAUGAGGAUGAUGAUGGUGGAGAUGAAGGUCCCUCAAGAGGACGUGCCAAGGUCAAACGCAGUCAUGAACUUGAUGCUGAGGAGACGCCUCAUCUGUCACGUGAUGAAGCCUGGAAGAAACUUGGACUCAAACACAAUCCACAAUCUAUGUUUGACAAUGUGUUCGACUUCAAAGACGUUCCAGGCCAGAAGCGAUGGAGGCGAUGGUGCUCCAAGAAAGGUGGCAACAGCAUCAACCAACACAUCAGGUUCACAGAGGACCAGGAGGACCAGGAGGACCAGGAGGACCUGACACAGCCACAGUGCAGCAGCACCCUUCACAAGGAGAGGAAGGUGUCACACUCUGAUGUGUCCCCACAAGACCAGGAGAGGAAGGUGUCACACUCUGAUGUGUCCCCACAAGACCAGGAGAGAAGUAGCAGCUCCUUGGACCCUGAGGAGUGUGAAGGAACAUGUCUCCUUCCUCCUCUUCUUGAUGAAGGAACAUCUCAUCCACGCUUAGAAGUUCUGCAGAUACCCCACACACCUGCUGGCAAUGGUGAUGGCAGGAAGUGUAAGAAGAAGAAGAGGAAGUGGGCCAAUAAGAAGCAGCAGCAGCAGGUCCCAGCAGACAUGGCAUCAGAACCAGGUCUGGCCAAGUACUGGGCUCAGCGCUACAGACUCUUCUCCCGCUUCGACCAAGGAAUCCGACUAGACCGAGAGGGUUGGUUCUCCGUCACGCCAGAGAAGAUCGCAGAGCACAUCGCCCUGAGAGUGGCUUGCAACUUCUCGCACGCUCAGCUGGUCAUCGAUGCCUUCUGUGGCGUGGGAGGAAACGCCAUCCAGUUUGCACUCGCUGGCAAGAGAGUGCUGGCGGUGGACAUCGACCCGCUGCGUCUGGACUUGGCGCGCCACAACGCCGCCGUCUACGGCGUGGAGCGCCACAUCGACUUCGUGCAGGGAGACUUCCUCCAGCUAGCGCCUCGUCUGCGCGGUGACGUGGUCUUCCUGUCUCCCCCCUGGGGGGGGCCAGACUACCUGACUGCCCAAGUCUUUGAUCUCAGGACCAUGAUGGAGCCCGAUGGUUUUCACAUCUUCCAUGUGGCCAAUCAGAUCACAGACAACAUCGUCUACUUCCUGCCUCGCAACGCUGACAUGGACCAGGUUGUCUCCCUGGCGGGUGCAGGAGGAAAAGUGGAAGUGGAACAAAACUUACUCAACAACAAACUGAAGACCAUCACUGCGUACUUUGGUAGUACUUUGAUCCAUUCACACUCCUGAAAACUCUCAUCAUCAUGUACG